AUGAAAGUCGCUGUGGUUUUGGCACUAACUCUGGCCGUUGUGUCGGCAAAAACGCCGGCAAUCAAACUAAACUCCGGUUAUGAGAUGCCGCAGAUAGGUCUGGGCACGUGGCAGGCUACCGGUGCUGCCGUCACUCAGGCUGUUAAGGAUGCCCUGGAGAUCGGGUACAGACAUAUCGAUACCUCCGAAGGGUAUGGUAAUGAAAACGAGGUUGGGAAAGGGAUUAACGAGCAGAUCGCCGCCGGUAUCCUUAAACGGGAGGAGCUGUUCAUCACAACAAAAGUGGAUCCGCCGAAGAACCGACAAACGGCGUUACAGACCGUCCAUAACUCCCUAAAGAAACUGAACGUCACUUAUUUGGACUUAGUUUUGAUUCACUGGCCCGCAGACGCCGACGCAGAGGUCUAUAAGGGCUUGGAGGACGCCGUCGACCAGAAGUUGGUCCGAUCUAUCGGUAUCUCCAACUUCAAUAGGGGUCAGAUUGCAAACCUCAAGAAGUCCUGGAAAGUGGUGCCCGCAGUCAACCAAAUCGAUAUCCACCCGACCCUUAACCAGGACGACACCGUUGCCUAUUGUAAUGAAUUGGGUAUCUCUGUGACCGGUUUUUCACCAUUAGGUACCGGAAAA